AUGUCCUCAGCUUCCUUCAUGGCCUCAUGUUACUCCAUGUUCCUCCAUGUCCCCAUGUUCCUCCAUGUCCCCAGGUUCCUCCAUGUCCCCAGGUUCCUUCAUGUCCCCAGGUUCCUCCAUGUCCUCAGCUUCCUUCAUGUUCCUCCAUGUCCUCAGCUUCCUUCAUGUUCCUCCAUGUCCUCAGCUUCCUCCAUGUUAACACCUUCCUUCAUGUUCCUCAAUGUGCUCAGGAUCCUCCAUGUUCCUCCAUGUCCUCAGGAUCCUCCAUGUUCCUGCAUGUCCUCAGGAUCCUCCAUGUCCUCAGGAUCCUCCAUGUCCUCAGCUUCCUUCAUGUUCCUCCAUGUCCUCAGCUUCCUCCAUGUCCUCGGCUUCCUCCAUGUCCUCAGCUUCCUCCAUGUCCUCAGCUUCCUCCAUGUUCCUCCAUGUCCUCAGCUUCCUCCAUGUUCCUCCAUGUCCUCAGCUUCCUCCAUGUUUCUCAAUGGCCUCAGGUUCCUUCAUGUUCCUCCAUGUCCCUCCAUGUUAACAGCUUCCUCCAUGUUCCUCCAUGCCCUCAGGAUCCUUCAUGCCCUCAGGAUCCUCCAUGUCCCUCCAUGGCCUCACGUUCCCCCAUGUUCCUCCAUGUUCCUCCAUGUCCCUCCAUGUUCCAAGCUUCCUCCAUGUCUGUGA